CUUGGGUUAACAUCAAUGACUGGAGACCUUGUCGUAAACAACCAUCACUCACCAUGAUCUCCAUAACUCCCCUCUUACUAAGGCUCAACGCCCGAUGUUUCCAGACAUGUUCAUUGGCAUCCAGCUACAAGAGCGCCAUAAGUAUCAGCAAGAUCUAUCCUGAUAGUGACCUCGACAUAACAAAAGUUCAAACGCCACCCAAGACUGAAGGCCUCAAUUUUUCUGGAUAUGUGCCCAUGGAUAAAGUUCAGGUGUUGUACUCCCGCAGCAGUGGACCGGGCGGACAGAAUGUAAACAAAGUAAAUACCAAAGUGGAUCUACGAUUUCAUGUGGACACAGCUGAUUGGCUGUCACAAGAAUUGAAGGAACAAAUUACUGAAAAGUACAAGACCAGUAUUACUGUUGAUGGAUUCUUGGUACUACGAUCAGACAAGACACGAUCUCAACAGCUGAACUUGGCAGAUGCGAUGGACAAAUUGCGCCAUUUGAUCCACACAGCCAGCUACGUCCCUUCUUCCCCAUCUAAAGAAGACGAAGAAAGACACCGGAGAAGGCAUGAGGCAUCAGUGCGAAAGGUUGCACCAGAAGAAAGCCCGUUCUUUAACCAAGCAAGGCAGACAAGCACCUCAGUUGGACUUGUGAUAUGA